UCAGAGCCCUCCACGAUCCAUGAUCAAGGGUCCUUCCUGAAGCAUGCUCGAGAAACUUUCGGGUGGAAACAGAAGACCGCGCACCUCUCUCUACGCUGACAGAGGAUUGAUUCAAUAAACAUACGAGGGCAAUGAGGAGCAUGCGGAGGAGGACAAAGGUCCGACCGAGGAUGGCGACUAUCCCCGGAUACUCAUGGGUAGACUGUAUUUCUCAUUCGAAGAUGUGUUAUCGCCCGGAAUUUUCCCGCUCGGCGGUAUCCGACUGGCCUACCCGAUCGGCGUAGUGAGGCGCGCUGGCCCCUUACAUCCUGGACAGGGACGAACUCCAGUAUCGUUCUCCGCGUCAGGUAUAUGGCGAGCGAGGAAGAGCCGGUACGCUCCGAUCUGGCAGUUCUUCACGAGGCUGAGUCCAGACAACGCUCAAUGUAACCAGUGCGCGAAAAUUGUGAAAACUCCGAAUUCCGGAACGACCGGUCUGCUGUUCCACCGGAAGCGUCACUUAGCGGAAGAGCUUGCUCCUCCGAACUAUUGAAGAGCGUGGUUCUUCAUCGAAGUCACUUCUUGAUCUCUGGAAGCAUCACUUCCUCGGCCCUGCCGAUUGAAAGUAAUCCGAAGGGAUGCUUUCACGGAGGAGUGGAGGGUGUUCCACGGU